AUGGCUGGAGUGGAUGGAGGAUGGGGAGAAGAGAAGGAGAUGGAGUCAGAGGGAAUUAAACAUGUUCAUGAGCCCCUAAAAGUAAAGUGGGCCCUGGGCACUGUGCCUACUGUACCCAUAGGUCUUUGGCCCUGGACGUUAAGCAGGAACAGGAAAGAAGGCAGACAACAGGGGCUGGAUACAGUGCUGAGAGUUGGUGCAAGUUUGAGAUACUCUUUUUCUCUCUCCAUUCAGAGCACAGAACCUAGCACCACGGCCAUUACCCUGGGUUACUGGGACAUCCGCGGGCUGGCUCACGCCAUCCGCCUGCUCCUGGAAUACACAGGUUCAAAUUAUGAGGAGAGGAAAUACAUGAUGGGAGAUCCUCCUGACUAUGACAGAAGCCAGUGGUUGAAUGAAAGAUCCAAGCUGGGCCUGGACUUCCCCAAUUUGCCCUACUUAAUUGAUGGGCCUCACAAGCUCACCCAGAGCAAUGCCAUCCUUCGCUACAUUGCUCGCAAGCACAACAUGUGUGGGGAGACAGAGAAGGAGAAGAUUCAAGUGGACAUUCUGGAGAGCCAGGUUAUGGAUGUACGCUUACACAUGGCCAGGGUCUGCUACAGCUCUGACUUUGAGAAACUGAAGCCUGGUUAUGUGGACGAGAUCCCUGAGAAGAUGAGGCUCUUCUCAGCGUUUUUGGGGAAGGGGCCUUGGUUUGCAGGACACACGCUCACCUAUGUAGAUUUCCUGGCUUACGACAUCCUUGAUCUACAUCGCAUAUUUGAGCCCAAGUGCCUGGAUGAAUUCCCAAACCUGAAAGACUUCAUCACCCGCUUUGAGGGGCUUAAGAAGAUCUCUGCUUACAUGAAGUCUAGUCGCUUCCUCCCACGCCCUUUGUUUCUAAAGAUUGCCAUGUGGGGUAACAAGUAGUGGCCUGUAACCAGGAGCUGGAGUGAGGAGUCAGGGCCCUGGAGAAGAGCUGGACCACCCUGCACCCAGAACCAUCUGUCUUUUUCUUUAUCCUUCUGUCCACUCUAGAUGCCUUAUUGCCCCCCACCCCACUCCUUUCCAAGUAUCCUUUAAAGCUUCAGCUCCCCACUUUUCUUCAGUUCCUCCCUCACCCCACAUUAUCCCUCCUGUACCAAAGCCAACACUAGGAUCCUGCCCUUCCAUGGUAGCUUCUGCUAUGAGGAGCCCAACCAGACCCCUGGUCCAUGAGCUCUGCUCUGAGCUCACAGAAUUGCCCUGAAAAUCAGUCCUGGCCUGGUGUGCUGGCCUUGCUUCCCAGCGUGGUUCCUGUCCAGCCCUGUCUGGUCCCCAGUAACAUCUUAAUCACACCUGCUGUGUCUUGCUUUAUUACCUCCCAACUUCCCAGAGUUACAACUAACUGUGUUGGAUGCGUGGGGGUGUUCAUUUUUCCUUUUG